AUGCGGGGCUCGCAGCAAGCCUCCACUCAUAAGCAGCCACAACGGUCAACUGCAGAACAGUCGCCUCUUCCGCUACUGCAGAUACAGACACUAUCUCGCGACACUGCUUCUCCGGGCGACGUCAACGACCACUUUGCGCCUCUGGGCAUCAGCAUCCCAACGCACAGCCUGCUCGAGGAUGAUUUUAUGGCCACGUUGUCCUUCUCGAACCGCGGCAGCAUCAUGUUCGGCGGGCGACGCGCUGGAGCGCUGGGCCUCGACGGGGCCAACGACAGCAGAGGCGAUGUCUCUGCUCCUUCAACACCCACUCACAACCAUGCACGAUCCAGCAGCACCAGCGUCGACCGCAUCGAGUCCUUGGCCGCCAGUGCCUCCAACCCCAACCUCGUGCCCCGCGCUCAGCCGCCACCCGACAUCCGCCUGCUAGCAUCCGACGUCGACAAGGAGUCCCAAAAGGUGAGAUCGCUCUAUGGAGUCGGCGAUGCCAUCAAUUGGGAGGAUGGCGCAAGGCGCUCGUACUGCGAACCCUUGGAGCCUACCCCAGAGCUCCCAGCAGAGGAAGAUGGGAAUGACUCCAUAAUACUGCCGCCCCCCAUCCCUGUCUGGGGAACCCCGAGAUCUAUCAGGUCUACGAGCUCCUCGGUUCACCUUGACUAUAGGCGAGACACGGAGCUCGCUGGCGGCCUAGAGGACUGGGAAGAUGUUGACGGCGCCAGCGUCGAUCGAUAUGGCUUCAUCACCGCCCCCCGAUCACGGCUCGGCACGCCCACGGAGAUGAAGUCUGCCCAGUACUCGCCCAGGCGAAGGAACAUGCUACAGAAGCGGGACUUGGCUGGCCUAUCUCCCUUGGGCCCGAGCAGGAAGAUGUCCGCCAGGUCACUCAACACCCAAGCCUCGGAACUGUCUACCGCCUCGAAACGAUCUUCGCGAUCCGUCAUUCGACAGGCUAGCAAUCUGCUACCCCAUAACCGAGAUCGGCGAUGGUUGGACGAGGCUGGCGACAUGCUGACGCUUCCAACAAGCCUCCAAGAUGCCGCAGAGGAAGCCCAUAUAGAGAGGAUAUCAGAAACACUGAAGCGCAAGGAGUGGGAGAGGUCAGAGAAGUGGCGCAAGAUGGCCAAGGUUGUCCGAAGGGGCGGCCAGGGCGAAGGCAUGGAGUUUGAGUUUGACAGGAAGAACCCUAAGCUCAUUGAGCGAACGUGGAAAGGCAUUCCCGAUCGCUGGCGUGCAGCCGCGUGGUGGUCCUUUCUUGCCAGUUCCGCUACGGAACACGGAGUCCAUGCCAUUGAAGAGGAGAUUGUUGCGUCGUUCCACCGACUGCUGGAGCAAAGCUCGCCGGACGAUGUUCAGAUUGACCUCGACGUGCCCCGAACCAUUAGCCGACACAUCAUGUUCCGCAAAAGGUACCGCGGCGGCCAGCGGCUUCUGUUCCGCGUGCUGCACUGCCUGUCCAUCUUCUUUCCAGAAACAGGAUACGUCCAGGGCAUGGCGUCAUUGGCAGCAACGCUUCUCUGCUACUUUGACGAAGAAAAGUGCUUCGUUAUGCUGGUGCGCAUGUGGCAGCUACGAGGGCUCGAUCGCCUCUAUCGCCCAGGCUUCGAGGGCCUGAUGAAGGCGCUGCAUGAGUUUGAUGAAACUUGGCUGAAUAAGGACGUGGCCAAGAGGCUGACCGAGCUCAGCGUAGACAUAACGGCGUAUGGUACACGUUGGUACCUUACCCUCUUCAACCUCUCCAUCCCAUUUCCAGCCCAGCUGCGAGUAUGGGAUGUCUUUCUCCUGCUGGGAGAUAGCGCGGCCGAGGCGAACAUUGUCACGCAAGUUGACGACAGCGAAGCAAGUCCGGCAACAGGACUCGACAUUUUGCACGCCACGAGCGCUGCCUUAAUCCAGGCCCUCCGCGAGGUACUCCUAGACUCGGACUUCGAAAACGCCAUGAAGGCCUUGACGUCAUGGAUUCCCAUCAAGGAUGAGGAUCUCUUGAUGAAGGUGACCAAAGCCGAAUGGAAGUCACACCAAGGCAAGAAGAAGACGUAG